CCCGCACAGUAGGUGGCGGCAAUUACAAACAAAAUGUGCGAACAGACGAUACCAAUGAAGAAGAUGAAGAAGACAGAUUUGACAGACGUGAUCCGCUAGAACGCGCCUUCGUCGCGGUUAGGUAUAAUGCAUAUCACAGUGCGAAAAGCAGCAGAUGGCCGUUUGGUUUUAUCCCAGUGCCAGAAGGACCACUUGUAUCAUUGCCCCUUCUGCCAGCCCUCAAUUUUCAAGCCCCGAGACUAUGCCAGUGUGUUGACACACAUUGAGUCGCACAGAUUGAAGGCUGUGCUGCAUAGAGAGUUCACAAUAUUCAUAUGCCAUCUGGAGUGCAGAGAAGCAAAGCAUUUCCACUGCCCAUAUUGCCCCAAGACCUAUGUAAAUAGGAGUGAUUUUACCAAACACAUUCCACAAUGUGAGUCAGUAUGUUAUCGAGCCCCAGGUUCAAUAGCGAGAUCCCCAGAUGUAACCAGUGCAACGGCGAGAGCCCCAGAUGUAACCAGUGCAUCGGCGAGAGCCCCAGAUGUAACCAGUGCAUCGGCGAGAGCCCCAGAUGUAACCAGUGCAUCGGCGAGAGCCCCAGAUGUAACCAGUGCAUCGGCGAGAGCCCCAGAUGUAACCAGUGCAUCGGCGAGAGGUCCAGGUUCAGCGUGUCCAGCUGUGAGACCUGCAGUCAAGCGGAAAAUCAAAUGUUGCAACUGCAGUUUGUGGCUUAACAAAAAAAACCUGAGGAAACAUCAACUUAGAAAGCAUACAUCUGCUGAGAAGGGCAUUACAGCUCACUCCAAUCUCAAGAGUCACUGCCUUGACCAGGACAAUUGGGUGUUUGCCGAGGAUAAACACAUCUACCCUGUCUCUCCUCCUUCUGUGCUAAUUCGGGAAAUGCUUACCAAGCAAGAGAUGAUACUGGAACAACAGACCCUCAUCCUACGACUCUUACAAACAGCACAGCAGAAUGGAGCAGAAUAUGCGAUCGAAGGAGGCCUUCUGCCAUUGAAGGAUCAACAAAGUCUCCAGAGCCUGGAAACCGAUCUUCAGGGGGCUGACUUCAAACUUAAACUGAUUAACCACUUGAGCCUCGUUGGGGGAUGCGACGUGAAGGAUGUCGUGUGGCGUUUAAUGAGGCACACAAUUUCCAAUGCGCUGGCAAAAAACAUGAAUUGGAGAGGGGUGAAUAGGAAAAUUUCUCUUGGAGGUCUUCGACUGAGAGACGUUUUGAUUGCUGUUGUCCGGAAGAAUCCGUUAACAUCUAAAGCAUCCGAAAGCGAUGUGGAGUCUGUCAUGAAAAAGUGGUUGCAGCUGGCAGCAUAUCGGGAAGGAGGGAGAAGGAGACGAGACAGGAGUGUGGUGGCACCUGUGCCAUGAUGGACUUGGGGAGAGGUGUAUUUAAGUGAUAAUGCCCAAAAAGCCGUGGUUUGGAGGACAUAUUGGCAUUCGUCUCGGGCAAGCAAACCGUGCCAAUAUAUCAUCCAAACCCUGGCUUUGAGGGCAUUAUCGCUUUAAUACAAUGGUUACCAACCUAUGGAAAUAUGUAAAUCAUUAUUUUAAUUCAAUGUUAUUUUGAUGAAUUUAUUCAUAUAAUUUCCAUCUAUUCUCGAGAUAUAGUCCCAAACACAAAUCUAGGGUCGCUUGUUGUUCAUUCUAUUGGCAUCGUUGCCAGCCAAACCGGUCGUUAGCUUGGCAUUGAACGUAUAGAACUAUCUAAGCUAAAUGGCUAUACUAGACAAAAUGAAAGAUGAGACCACUUUCAUUUGAACUGAUAUGAAACAAUACAUUCACUUUGUCGUCCUCGCAGCUUAGCUAGCUAGCUAGCUAGUUAGUUGUAUGUUACUAUGAAAACCAGACCUACUUGCUGUCUGUCUCGUUUGGACAGUUUCUAUGAUUUGGUGGAGAUCGCAAUUCAAAAUUGAAUCAAAUCAUGCGCCAGAGACAACCUUACAGUGAAAUGCUUACUUACAAGCCUUUUAACCAACAAUGCCGUUUUAAGAAAAAUAAGUGUAAAAAAGAAAAGUAACAAGUGAUUAAAGAGCAGCAGUAAAAUAAUAGCGAAGCUAUAUACACAGGGGGUACUGGUACAGAGUCAAUGUGCGUGGGCACCGGUUAGUCAAGGUAAGAGGUAAUGUGUACAUGUAGGUAAAGUUAGUGAUUAUGCAUAGAUAAUGAAACAGAGUAGCA